UUUCCUGGUUCCCAAGGCAGGAUGAUGAGGCUAAUGAUACGUGAGAACAUAAGCGACCUACCAUAUCACAUGGCCCAAAUUCAUCCGGUGGUUGAACGGACAUCAUCUCUAUCAUGAGUCCUACUAACCGUUUAAAGGUCAACUCGAAAAAUGAUCAUCGGAGGGCUAGAAUUCAACCAGCUCUGGAAAAUUUUGAAAUGUGGGCGAUGUUCUCACUCAUACGCUCCACUAUUUCAUAAAAUAUGUCUGAAAACUCUGGCACAACAAGGACGCAGAGAGGGCGGUGAAUGCUGCGUUUCAGGAGAGUCACUGCAAGAUCUCAACUGGGUUUGAUUGCUUUUUGUUCAGAGACUGCAAUUUCUGUCUCAAUUGAGCUGUGAAAAGUUAAAACCCUGGCACAGCUGUUGAGGAACACAGAGGACCACAGAAGUUAAUAAGUGGAUUUGAUCGGGUUUCCUCCUUUGAAAAGCUGCGUUCCAGAAGAAUCACCUCAAGAUCCCAACUGGGUCUGAUCGUUUUUGCCUCGAAAACCAUCUUUGCUUUACCAAUUGAGCUCUGAUUCACAUGGGUGAUGUUCGUAACCAUGAACCCAAAGAGGAUUCUUCAGCCCAAACCCUACUUCUUGGUGUGAAUCGAACCCAUGAGGAAGUAGAAGAAGAAUGGUGUAACACCCACCUCGAUGAGACCCUUCAACGGUUAGAGUCGUUUCUAUGCGUUCUGGGCUUCCACCAAUCCUCUGUAUUGAGUAUUGGGCUCUCGUGGACUGUGUUUUUUGUUAUUGGCGUGUUGCUUCCAGUUGUGGUGCUUGAGCUCUCCAAUUGUGAGGGGUGUGACAAGUAUCAAAUCAAGGAUUUCGAGCUCGAUAUUGUGGCUUUGCAGACGUGCCUCGCGGCUGUUUCUUUGCUUUGUCUUUCUCAUAAUCUUCGAAAGUAUGGUAUCCGGAAAUUUCUCUUUGUUGAUCGGUUCAGUGGCCAGAUGGUUCGGUUUCGGGACCAGUAUGUGCAGAAAAUUACGGGUUCAUUACGGUUGCUUGUGUCAUGGAUAUUGCCAUGUUUCUUGCUAAAGACUGCACGUGAAGUCAUUCGCAUGUUAUAUGUACAACAUGAAUCAUGGUGGCUGUCUGUUGCUAUCUUGUUAGCUUUGAUUGUGUCAUGGACUUAUGUUUCUAUGAUCUCUCUAACAGCCUGCACCUUGUUUCAUUUGGUCUGCAAUUUGCAAGUUAUCCACUUUGAUGAUUAUGGGAAACUGUUGGAAAGUGAAUCUGAUGUUUUGGUAUUUAUGGAAGAGCACAUUCGUCUAAGACAUCACCUCUCUAAGAUAAGCCACAGAUUCCGAAUCUAUCUUCUUCUGGAAUUCUUGGUUGUCACAGCAAGUCAAUUUGUAACACUAUUCCAGACCACAGGAUAUAGUGGAAUAAUUACUUUCAUAAAUGGUGGUGAUUUUGCAGUCUCCUCACUUGUUCAGGUUGUUGGGAUAAUUCUUUGCUUGCAUGCAGCCACAAAAAUUUCCCAUAGGGCCCAAGGCAUUGCAUCACUGGCAAGCAAAUGGCAUGCUAUGUCAACAUGCAGCUCUACUGAUACAUCUCAAUUGAGAACUUCAACUAGUACGGGAAAUUUAGAGGCUUACAAUAGACUGAACUCACUUCAUAUAAACUACUCUGAAAGUGAUUUGGAGUCACUGGAUUAUGUCGUUAUGCCUACAAGUGCACAAUUGGCUUCAUAUAUGUCCUCAUAUCACAAGAGACAAGCAUUUGUUGGUUGAAUCAUUCAAGCAAUUUUUUGCUCUGGCUAACGGUUGAAUAAGAUUCAGGUUCUAAAUCUUAUGCAUCGCAUAUUUUAUUAAUCUUAAUUGGCUAUGCAGUGAUGUAUUUGCAGAACAACCCCGGGGGAAUUACUAUAUUUGGAUGGACAGUGGAUCGGGCUCUCAUCAAUACAAUCUUCUUUAUUGAACUCUCACUGAUCACCUUUGUACUAGGGAAGACCAUAGUUUUCUCUUCACAGUGACAAUUUCUGUUGGCUUUGUUCAUGGCUACUCAACAGGCAUUUUCUCACCAUGUCUAUGAGAGGAAAUCAACUAGAAUUCAGGACCGUUAUGAGUUGAAUAUCAUGGUCACUUUCUGGGCAUUCCGAUCUUCUUGGCUGCUGUGCUGCUAGGCUGCUAGUCUUAAUUUAAUCAAUAGGUCUCUGCUCUUUAGCGGUUGAUCCCCUGAAAACAGCCACUGAAGAAGGCUGCAACAGAGAACCGAUUUGCAGUGCAACUGUGCAGCUUUUGGGCAUGACCAUGGUUUACAUGCCUGUGUAUAUGACAAGGGGGAAAAGAGAUCAGACCAAGAAUUCCCCGGACAAGGGAAUUCUGUUGUAAGAUAGAAUGUGUUUUUGGAUGAUCAUUACUUGAAGAAAAAUCUCCUGAACAGCUAAACUCAACCUUACUUUCGUGACAUCCCUACCUCCUUUCUUUCUGUUGCAUCAUCUCCUUCUUUCUACUCACUAGAGUCCAUUGGUGGGUUUGGAGUUUGAUUUGUGCAUGUUGUACACUAUACAUUCGCAUCCACCUUCUAUUAAAUCACCUCCGCCAGCCAAACUGCAUUGCAGUGGGUUUU